AUGGAUUCCUCUCAGGACCCAGUGGCCACCCGUCGGGGAUCGGUCUCUGUGACAACUACGGACAACACCGUUGGGGCUACUGGUACUCAAAAUGUUCCCCAGGUAUCCUCAGAGCCUACAAGCUUCGAAUCCCCGGAAACUCCCACCUCAGAGUCACAUUCCCAGGUGUCAACCCUGCCACCCACGAUCACCACCACGCCCGUCGAGCCUGUCGAGCCCUCAGAACCCAUAGAGCAUGCAUACUGGGCCGAAUUCGAGGAGGAUACCAGCACCCCAAAUGCCGAUGAGCUGAAGGAUAUUGAAGGGACCGAUGGUGAUUACAGCGCGUGCGAUCACCCCUACUGGGAAAGUAACUUUUUCCGGGACUUGGAUGAUCCCGAAUACGUCCCUAUGGAGAAGGCACGCCUCACUUGGAAGGUCAAGGGCAUCCGGGGCACCCCCGAGGCACCCAAUCGAGCCAAGAUCAUGCGCUCCCCAGCGGCAUACAUUGGCGGUUAUUGGUGGCGGAUCAAAUUCUAUCCACGCGGGAACAAUGUUGGCUCUCUGAGUGUUUACAUUGAAUGCUCGCCCACGAUGCCUGAUCCGGACGAAGAGCUUCCCGACACUGAAUUUUCUGUCCGCCGGGGGCCUUCCGAGGCCAAACUCAACGACAUCACCCCAGAUGUGGAUGUGAAAAUUCCAAAAACCAAUGAUGCGGCGACGUGGCUCGAAGAAUACAAGUCCCGCUAUGCUACCGCCCCAGUGGCACCCCAGAUUGCACUAGAGACAAGCUCUGACCCGUGGCGAGUCGCAGCGCAGAUUGGAGUCAUUGUGUACAAUCCAGAGGAGCCUCGGACCGGGUGGAUGCAGUCCUCCUGUCAUCAAUUCAACCCUCACAACUUGGACUGGGGAUGGACUUAUUUCCAUGGUCCCUGGGAUCAGAUUCAUCAGCGGCGGCGGGGCCAGCACCGGGCCUUGUUGAACAAUGACACACUUGCAUUCGACGCUUAUGUCCGAGUGAUUGAUGACCCAACUCGCUCCCUGUGGUGGCAUCCCAGUGAUUCAGAACCCACGUGGGACAGCCUUGCCUUGACAGGCUAUCGUCCUUUGGGCGACUCCGUCAUCAACCACAGCGCAGAGGUCGCCGGAUUGGCGUCCUGGCUGCACAUUGCCCCUUUCUGCAAGAUCAUACAGAACGUCGAUGUCUUAGAGCACCUCACGAACUGUGACGUGAAACCAAAGCCGUUGUGUGAUGCACUCCAGAAGUUGCUCUGGCAGUUACGGUGUCGCACGCAGUCGCUGAAGUAUGUCGACACCGACGCGGUGACCAUGACCCUGCGCAACCUUCGCGAAUUUUCAGGUGACGUUUCUGAAUUUUGGGAACGCCUGCGUCGAAAUUUGGAGCUCGAAUUGGCUGGCACGGAUGCGGGCACGGAGCUGGCCAAGCUAUUCGACAGUCCCUCGCCGCGUUCCCUCGCAGCGGCUGGUGAUGCUGAAAAGGUGAAUACUCUGCCAACAGACUUCAACUCCCGCAUUUGUGUUUCCGCCGAGCAUUAUCAGUCAACUGGACAAGCUAUGAAAGAAUAUCUCGAUGCCCAGCCCGGUCGGUGGUCUCUUCCCCCAUCCUGCACAUUGAGCUUGGCCGUCAUGUUCUGGACAAGGGUUGACCUGGAUGAGGAAUUGGACUUGGCACCCUGGGUGAUCGAUGGACAGGGCAGCAAGUAUGUUCUCUACGGCUAUGUGGUUCACCGUGGCCGUCGCACCUCUGGCAAGUUCUUCAGCAUUCUACGUCCAGCUGGCCCGGGAUCCAAGUGGCUGGCCUUCGAUGACGGAAGUGACAACCGCGUGGAAUGUCUCACUCAGAAGACCGCUAUGGGUCCUCAUCUAGGAAUCAAACCCUCUGAGACCGUGGAUCACAAAAAGGGCCACGAUGUACCCGUUGUGGUCAUGUAUGUUCGCAAUGAUAUGGUUUCAGAGCUACUUCCCGGUCCUCAAGGACCGUGGGAGGUCCCGGAAACGUUGAAGCAGUAUUACGAAACUGGCUUGUACCAGCCCAACAAUCGAAAGACCGAAAAGAACGAUGUGCAGGUCGAAAUUUAUUCAGCAACUGAUUACAAUAGACUGGGCAGUCUUUUCGAUACCUACGAUCUCAUGUCACAUGCCAAAGCUGCCAACAAUGUCUUGUAUAUAACCUUGCCUCGUUCAUCUCGUAUUGCUGAACUUCGCAAGAAGAUUUCCAUGUGGAAGUCGGCCGGAGAUGAGGUGGUUGGGCCCGAACGGGUUCGUCUUUGGCAUAUCGGACAUACUCGUGCCCAGUGUGGGUCUGCGCUGGCAUUUGAUCUGAUCACCGAUCUAAAUGUCCCCUUGGAUCCGUCUGGUAGCACGAUGCGGUUCUGGAUGGAGACAAUCUCAGGAGAUGAUGCCAAGUUCUUCGCCAUCCCUGACCCCCCGUCGCCAACCACCACCGAGGACAAGCCUGAAGAGUCCAUUGUUGAACGAUCAGGCUCGGAAACUCCAGAACCUUCGCCACCGGUGGCUGAUGGAGAUGCUGUUGCUAGCUCCUCUGUGAAUGUUACUUCUGGUGUCAUUCCUGGGCUCGUCGAUGGGCCUAACUCCAGCAGUGAAGACCCAGCUUUGGCGACUUCGGCACCAGAAGCCGAUGUUGUGCCCGUAGAAACCGGAGGACAACAUAACCAGGCUACUGAGAUAGUCAACUCUGGCACGGCCGAGACAAGUUCUUCUAAUCAACAGAGCACUUCGCCUUCUUCUAACCAACUGGAACCUAAUGCGUCAGGCUCUGCAGUUGGAGGUUCUGUCGAACCUCAAGUCACUCUGCCCGUCGGCCAUGUGUACUAUUUUAUUCAGGUCUUUGACGCAGAUGACCAAGUCCUUCGAACUGUUGGCUCGUUCUUUUCCAAGCUGGAAGCGAAUGUCAAAGCUUCAAUUCGAAAGCACCUCCAGUGGCCUAUUCGGCGGGACUUCCUUAUGUGGAAGCGGGUGGAUGCCACCACGGUGACCACUGUUUCCCCAGCGGAAAAUUUCAUGAAUGUUGUCGUUCCGCAUGGAUCUUGCAUCAUUGUUGGAGACAAGCUGAGCAAAGAUAAACGAUCCAGCCUCGGUGCUUCCGGUCUUUUCUCCAGCCCAGAUCGCCUGGUGCAGUAUCUGUGGGCCGAGUCGCGUCAACACCCCAUCCAAGGGUUCACUGGCACCAAGACUGCCGAAGCCACUUUCACCAGCGACUUCUACAGCGGCCAGUUCCUGAAAGGCUACUACCACGGAAAGGGUAAACAUUACACUGGCACAGGCGCUGUCUACGAAGGAGAUUUUGUCUUCGGACGACGCCAGGGCCAAGGCAAGAUGGAAUAUCCGACCGGCGACACCUACGACGGCGAUUGGGUCGAGGAUGUUCGACACGGACAAGGAACAUACAUCGAGAAGAAGACCGGCAACAAGUACGUUGGUGGCUACAAAGACGGCAAGCGGCACGGCAAGGGUAUCAGCUACUGGGAAGUCGCAGACGAGGAAAUGGAUUUGUGCCAGAUCUGCUACUCAGAAGAGCAGGAUGCGGUCUUCUGCGACUGUGGCCACGUCUGCUCGUGCGUCACUUGCGCUAAGCAGGUGGAUCUGUGCCCGAUCUGUCGCAAGACCAUCAAGAGCGUGAUCAAGAUUUACAGAACUUAG